UUGGAAACUGGAACAAAUAUGGCAGUCACGUGUUUUCUGGGGAGCAAAAUAUAGCAUAUUGGUUAAAUACUCUUUGUGCAUUUUUUUGUAAGAAGAAAUUACGAGGGAUUACGAGGAAUUAAUAAAAUGCAUGCACGUUCUGGCACGCCAACAAAUGGAGAUAGCUUUACUAAUUCCAAUUUCUAAACAUAUGCGCUGCCAGAAAGCGUCUGAGAAAUCGUUAAGUAAUGUAGUAAACAUGUUCUGUUGUUAGCAGUUGUAGCAGUAUUAUUUUCUUAUUAAAAAGAUCGCAGGAGUGACACACAUCGUGUGGUUUUUAGAGUGUAUUUCGCCAUUUAUUCGAAAAUUUUAUGUGAUUUAAACCUGUGUGCUUCAAAAUAUUGUGUUUUAGCGUUUUAGAAAUGAGUCAUUUGUGAGUAACAUAACAACGAAAAUAUUGAAAAGAAUGGAUGUAACGUACUCGUUUUCAAAGGCCCCGUCAUGGGGUAACAAUGCACGUGCAUUCCUGUCUCAGUUUUCGGACGUGUUUAGCGCUUUUGGGAAGUACAUUGCACCAUCAUACAAACAUGACCGAUGUGAAAGAUCAGUUCAGAUGAGGCUGUAUUCCCUCAACAAGCGGCAGUUUGUGAUGGUGUUUUUCAUUUUCUUCAUAUGCUUUGGAAUCACGGUGCUCAUUGGAAUUGCAGGUCCUCCCAUCAUAAGUACAGUCACUCACAACCUGUCAGCUCUAACCCAGCCUGAUAGCGGUCUCAGCAUGAAGACAGGUCCAUUCACGCUGAAAUCACCGCCAUUGUCAACUUUCCAUCAGCAGUUCUGGUUGAUUGCACACAUCAUAACAGAUAAUAAAGCAGGAACAAAGAUAGAGCAGUCAUUUACUGUAAGCGUUUUCAUUGGUGGAAUCAAAGGUGAAGAUGAGAGUAUUAUCCAAUCAGAGAACCCGAAACUUGAUGGACUGUCACACAAUAGAACAAGGCUAUUGUCCUGCAAAGAGGAGUGUAAUGACCUGAUAUUGUUACAUCUUGGCUAUUUAGACUACACAUAUUACAUCAUAAACAUAAACUUCCAUGGUCUGGAGCAGCAGGCACAUUUCAAUAUAAAAAAUAUCAUCUUUUACUUCAAAAGCUACAACACAGCAUUUACAAAGCUAGAGAUUUGGUUGAGGUUUUCUUUUCUUGUCUUCACAUUUAUAGCUACGUGUUCAUUUGCUCAUUCAUUGAGAAAGUUUUCAAUAAGAGACUGGUCUAUAGAACAAAAAUGGAUGUCAGUGCUUAUGCCACUUCUUCUUCUAUAUGAUGAUCCAAUAUUUCCGCUAACUUUUCUUGUGGAUAGUUGGGUACCUGGGAUGCUUGAUGGAGUUUUCCAAGCAUCAUUUCUCUGUGGCUUGUUACUUUUCUGGUUGUGUAUAUACCAUGGAGUUAGACAGACUGACAGAAGAUUUUGGAAGUUUUAUUCACCCAAGAUAUUAAUUGUUGGUUUAAUUUGGAUAUCUGCAGUCACUUUGGCUUCUUGGCAGGAGUACAAUGAGCUACAAGACCCUACAUACUUCUACAGGCUUGACACAAGUAACUUUAUGGGAUUUAAGAUAUUUUUCUUCAUAGUUGGAGGUUUAUAUCUGCUGUACCUGCUGUAUUUGUUGGUCAGAGCAUAUGCUGAGCUUAGAUCCAUGCCAUACUUUGAUUUACGGUUGAAGUUCAUGACAUUUCUAAUGUUGAUAGUGUUAUCUAUAAGCAUAACAAUCACAGUAUUACGGUUUGGGCGUGCCGCUUUGCAAGACAAUUUUGUUGCGGAGUUAUCUACCCAUUAUGAGAAUUCGGCAGAAUUUGUAGCAUUUUAUGGACUGUUGAACACAUAUAUGUAUACAAUGGCAUUUGUAUACUCUCCGUCACCGAAUGCAGUAUUUGAAACUCAUUUCAAGGACAACCCUGGUCUUUCAAUGUUGAAUGAUUCUGAUGAAGAGGUGCAUUAUGGAUCUGAUACAGAGAGUAUAGGGCUAACACGGGUGCGGCCGAAUGCUGUAGGCAAAUACGACAGUGAUUAGGUUAGCUUUGUAGCUUUGUAGCUCUAACUGUUCAGCUGUUUGAACUGAAACUGAAACAGUGUCAUACACAAGCAUAGUUUUGGUAUGGCACACUAUCUGUGAUGAUGCUAAUAAAAGUGGAACACUUAGAGAAAGUCUCUGUGAUGACGAUGGAAGAUCAGAAGAAAUCCGGUUGAAUAUUUAUCAACUGUUUAUCUUGUUUUUUUGCUUGGUGUAGUUCAAGAGUUUCACUGAAUGGAUACAAGCUUGCCAGUAUGAGAGUUAAAGUAAACUGAAUAUUUUACAACAGACGUGUUGUUAGUUAAAAAGUUACUGUGAAUUAUUUUAAUUUUGUGGGCACAAUAUUUUGUGAUUUUGGCCAUAAUUGCUUUUUUUUUGUGGGGAUAUGAAUUUGUGUAUGGGAAUUUUACUUGUUCAUUGAGAUUUGAUUUUUUGGAUUAUCUAAAGCAGGAAAUCCACAAAUAUAAGCCCCCUUGAAAAUUAUUGAUUUACAGUAUACUUUUUUAUCAGCUGUCCACAGCUGCUUUUCUGUACAAAAGAGCAAAGUAAAACCUGUAUAUAAUGAUAAAAGGCUUAACUCGUCUAAUCAAAAUUUAUUACUAAAGGUUUUAAAAUGUUACCAUUUUUAGCUCACCUGUCACGAAGUGACAAGGUGAGCUAUUGUGACCGCUUGAUGUCUGUCGUGCGUAGUGCGUCAUCCAUCGUGCGUAGUGCGUCGUCCGUCAACAAUUUCUAAAAAAAUCUUCUUCUUGAAAACCACUGGGCAGAAUUACACCAAACUUCACAGGAAUGAUCCUUUGAUGGCCCCCUUUCAAAAUUGUUCAAAGUAUUGAAUUCCAUGCAGAACUCUGGUUGCCAUGGCAACCAAAAGGAAAAUUUUUAAAAAUCUUCUUCUCAAAAACCAGAAGCCCUAGAACUUAGGUAUUUGGUGUGAAGCAUUGCCUAGUGGACCUCUACCAAAUUUGUUCAAAUCAUGACCCCGGGGUCAAAAUUGACCCCGCCCCAGGGGUCAGCUGAUUUUACAUAGGAAAAUCUUAAAAAAUCUUCUUCUCAAAAACCAGAAGCCCUAGAGCUUAGAUAUUUGACAUGUAGCAUUGCCUAGUGGACCCCCACUAAAGUUGUUCAAAUCAUGACCCCGGGGUCUAAAUUGACCCCGCCCCAGGGGUCACUUGAUUUUACAUAGGAAAAUCUUCAAAAAUUUUCUUAAAAUAAACCAGAAGGCCUAGAGCUUAGAUAUUUCACAUGUAGCAUUGCCUAGUGGACCUCUACAAAAUAUGUUCAAAUCAUGACCCCCAGAGUCAAAAUUGACCCCGCUCCAGGGGUCACUUGAUUUUACAUAUAGGAAAAUCUUCAAAAAUUUUCUUAAAAUAAACCAGAAGGCCUAGAGCUUAGAUAUUUCACAUGUAGCAUUGCCUAGUGGACCUCUACAAAAUAUGUUCAAAUCAUGACCCCGCCCGAGGGGUCACUUGAUUUAACAUAGGAAAAUCUUCAAAAAUUUUCUAAAAAUAAACCAGAAGGCCUAGAGCUUAGAUAUUUUACACGAAGCAUUGCCUAAUGGACCUCUACAAAAUUUGUUCAAAACAUGACCCCUGUGGACAAAAUUGACCCCGCCCCAGGGGUCACUUGAUUUUACGUAGGAAAAUCUUCAAAAACUUUCUUAAAAUAAACCAGAAGGCCUAGAGCUUAGAUAUUUCACAUGUAGCAUUGCCUAGUAGACUUCUACAAAAUUUGUUCAAAUCAUGACCCCCGGGGUCAAAUUGCCCCCGCCCCAUGGGGUUACUUGAUUGUACAUAGAAAAUCUUCAAAAUUUUCUAAAAAUAAACCAAAAGGCCUAGAGCUUAGAUAUUUCACAUGUAGCAUUGCCUAGUGGACCUCAACAAAAAAAUUUCAAACAUGACCCCCGGGGUCAAAAUUGACCCCACCCCAGGGGACACUUGAUUUUACAUACGAAAUUCUUCAAAAAUUUUCUAAAAAUAAACCAGAAGACCUAGAUCUUAGAUAUUUCACAUGUAGCAUUGCCUAGUGGACCUCUACAAAAUUUGUUCAAAUCAUGACCCCCGGGGUCAAAUUGACCUCGCCCCAUGGGGUUACUUGAUUGUAUAUAGAAAAAUCUUCAGAAUUUUCUAUAAAUAAACCAGAAGGCCUAGACCUUAGAUAUUUCACAUGUAGCAUUGCCUAGUGGACCUCUACAAAAUUUGUUCAAAUCAUGACCCCCGGGGUAAAAUUGGCCUCGCCCCAGGGGUUACUUGAUUGUACAUCGGAAAAUCUUCUAAAAAAUUUCUAAAAAUCAUCAGUUUGACAUUUAAAACAUGUGGCUCAUAUUACUCAGGUGAGUGAUCCAGGGUCAUAAUGACCCUCUUAUUUAAAAUGUAUUUGAAUUUGAAAUUUACUUUAAAAUGAUUUAUGUUAUAUUAAAAUGAAGAUCAUAGUAUGAAAACAAUGGAAAAGUUGCUGAUGCAAUAAUGUUAUAAGAUGGAGAGAAAAUUUAUACAUUUGUCAUGUUAGUGAUUCAAACCCAUUAUGGCCCACCUCUUUCAUUAGAUUUCCACCAAACUUACUGAAAUGUUUCUCACCACUCUUUUUUUGCAAAAAGUGAUCAAAACAAGUGCAAGACCAAAUAAUGGACAGCUAUGUUUGAAUCCUAUGGUACCAAUCCUUAUCAAGGUGAGACACUGCAGUAUUUUACUAAGGACAUUAUGAAAGACAUGCAUCAUGAAAGGUUCAUAAUAUAGACAAUAAGUCCAGUCCAAAAAAAAAGUUAUUGUUCAAGGGGGAGUUCUGGGCAAUCAUGGUUCUUUUAUUUGAAUAAUUCUAGAUACUGGUAGUUUGAUUUUGACUCUUAGUCUAAUGGUUUGCUUACGGUAGUAUGCUAAUUAUGAUAGGUUUGAAUUUUUAGAACAUACUUAAUAGCUGGAGAAGGGAUCUGAUUAGUUCAUUAGAUAGAUAUUGUGUUGGUUAGUAUUUGGAUCAAUUUUCAUUUGAUUUGAAAGUAGACUAGAGUAUAGAUGUUUAUUUUUUUUAAAGGGGCACAACUCUACAUCUAUGUAAAAAAAUUUGGAAAUUUAGAAUUUUUUCAGUAUUUAGCAUUUGAAAAUUCAAUAUAAACUUGAAUAUUAUUGAAUUAUGAUAUUGAUAUUUGAUAUCUAUAAAUAGAAGUUUGAAAGUUUGAUAUUUGUAUGGAGGAAUGCUGAUUUUAAAUGGUUUCCAAAGCCAAACGUUUUUGGUCUGUGAUAAGCAUAAUAUAUAUGAUGAUGGUAUACAAUCACACAAAAAUAUAUGCUUUUGAUGUUUAAUACUGUAAAUGAUAUAUGGAGGGAAAAUCAAUGUCACUUAUUGGGGAAUAGUAUUCUUGGAUUUUGGACCUUGAAAUGAAUACCCAAGCAAAAAGUGAAAUUUUCACUUAUUUUUGUGAUCAAAGAAUCUCAUCUAUGUGUAUGAAAUUUUUUUCUUGAGUCAAAAAUGAAAAAAACAACAACACUUAGGUUGAUUGUUAUUGCAGUAAUGGUCCAAAAGUAGCAAAAUAGUUUACACAUUUAUAAUUAUGUGGAUAUUUGACACAAAUUGUACAAAAAUGAACAUAAUUGAUGGCUUUAAGCAUAAUUAUGCGAUUUGAAAGCUAUGAAUAAGUCGAAGCUUAUACUUAUAGAGGCUUUAUUAAAACUGAGAAUUCAUUUAACAUGAUUGUGUAGUUAGUGUACAUGUUCAGAUGUAAUUAUGAUAAUUAAUUGAAAAUAAAUUCUUUAUUUAAAGAGGGUAAAACUUGUAAAGCUGAAACUAGAUAUGUUGAAUAUCCAAGGACUGAGCAUUUAACUAUGAGAUGUCCAAAUUUCAACUUGAAUAUGAUACUUUGUGCACUCGUUUCUUGCUAAAUGUUUUGCUAUAGCCUGUAUAUAUGCAUGUACAUGUAAAUAGGACAUAUACAUUUUAUAUACAUUUUUAGAGUAUUAUGUAACUUAAAAUACAUUUUUUAAAGUCUUUGUUAAAUUUUGUAACACAAGGUCAUACCCUUUUGAAAACAACACAUUUUUUACUUUGACACACAGAGAGGUAAACACCCAUGACUUUGACGUGCACUGAUUUUAUUUAUGGCACUCAAUUUUGAAGAACCGAUUUAUCAGUAUUGAUGCAAAGGUUGUUGGUUUUUUCCUCUGAAUUACAUCAUCUAUAACCAGAAAUCCAUUUUGCUUACACAAACUUUAUCUUUUACAUACUUUAGAAAGAAGUUUUGAUUGUUCAUGAUUUUAAUUUUUGUGUUGGAAGUAACAUAUUGCAUAAAAUUUUUAUGUAAGAAGUUACGCAAAGAAAAUGCAAUACUGUGUUUUACAUGGCAUAGAGCUGUUAAAGAUGUUUUUGGUUUGUGUUUUUAAUGAUCUCUCUUUACAUUUGCUUCUUUUUGGAGGACAUAAAACAAAAGGGGUUAUAUGUCAUUUGUUAUUGGGUUUUAUUAGUCUCACUCGUCAGAAAUAUCAGGGGUCAGAAUGAUAAACCGUGGUGAGGGGAGAGGGGGUGGGGCAGGGCUAAACACCAAUAACUAAUUUGUUUUUUUGACCACUUAUUUUUUGCUGUAAAUGGACAAAAUUAUGUACUGAACUCCAACAGAAAGAUACAGGGUAACCAUCUUUUUACCAGUGAAAGAAGCGGGUAAAACAAAGUGUUGUUGUAGAUGCCUCUUGUUGCUCUGUACACUUUAUUAUAAAAAAUUUAGACAUGUGUACAUGGUUGUGGAAGUUGUUUGUUACAUGAAAAAAAAAAGAAACACAUUUGAAUUACAUGUAAAUUAUUUGCAUAUUUUAUCUUAUUUUAAAGCAACUUAGAUUUUCUGUACAAAAAGCAUUCCAUACUAGUACUACAAAGUUAGUGGUCUUGGAGAAACUUGUAACAAAGACGUAAAAGCCCACUUUUUUCACAUUCUUAUGUUGUAACUAGGUUAAGUCCUCUUUCUCAUGACUUGCCUCAUAUACCUAUGCAUACAUGUCAUACGUCCCGGAUUGUCCGAGAUUGUCCCGGAAAUCACAUACUCGUCCCGGUGUCCCGGACAGUGUUGAAAUGUCCCGGAAAAUUAAAAAUACAGAAAAACAAAAAUAACCCCCCAUCAAACUAGUUUUUUUUGGCCUAUAUGAAUUUUACAUUAAUAAAACACAAUAAACAGUCACCGGUGUCACAUUGUUUAUUCCUAAUUAUCCGAUAAUCAGUUUCAUGCCCUCGAGCGGGACACAUGUUAAGCUAGCUCCGAACAACACUCAUAUUGCGCACUGCGAUCUUUUGAUGACCCAGAUUAAUUUACAGUCAGCUAUUUUGAUGACCCUGAUUAUGAAUCGACAAAAUUAUGCAAUCAAUAACAGUUUUAUGAUAAUUUAGUAUUAGGAACAAUAGCCAAAAAUCUCGUUGUUAGCACGUAGACGGUGAAGCUACAUGUAGCCUUGAUUGGAAGAAAUGGCUGAUAACGGUCAAUUAAACGAUAAUUAUUUUAAAGAGUAAUCUUUCAAAAUGUAGAUUGAUUGUCACACAUAUUCUAAAUUAAACUUUUGACUAUUGAAUGCCUUUGCCGGCCGAUCCUUGAAAAUUGACCCAACCCGAAAUAUUUUAUAUCGAUUUUAUCUACAAGAUUUAUUUCAUUCCUUUGAGGAUUCCAUUUUAUUAAUGAUUAGGUAAACUUUUAAGCUUUAAAAAGAUACCAAAUAAGCUGGAUUCUAAAUCACGAUGACCAGGUUAAUUCUUCGUAUAUAGCAAGUCUCCCAAUUCAGUUCACCUCGGGAACGCAGCCAAUUCACGUGCCGAAUUAUAGACGUAAAUUACCCUAUUUACCUCCCUUAGAAAGCUAGACGACAUUUGCAACAAAUUAUUCCUAAGCGAGGGAACAAUGUUUAUCUCCGGAAACUGCAUAUAAUUUUAUGAUAUUUAUGCAUGAAACAGACGAAUACUAAUGUCACGGUAUAUGUCCCGGACAAAGGGUAAAAAUCCCGGAAAUUUUAACUCAGAAUCCCGGAAAGGUCCGGAAAAGUUAUGGCAUGUAUGUACCUAUGUCUUUAGCAAUCUGCAGGGUCAUCAGUUCUUAAAGCAAUCUUUUGCAUGAUGUGACUUCUAUAUAUUUAGCAAUCUUCAAUACAUGUACUUGAAAAUGUGUUCACUUUGAUUUCACACUUUAGUCAGCAUGAAUGCCACAAUAUGCAGGGAGAAAAUGCCAAAACAUUUGUUAUUAUUUUAUGCUAUUUAUUACUGCUUUUUUUAGGAAUCAUUACCUCAUAUUUAGUUUAUGUUAGAUAUUGUAUUCAUGCUAAUCCAUUAUAGGAAUUGGAAUUAAUUUAUUGCAAAAGAACUGUUGGAUUUGUGGGACAUUGUAUAUUAGUUCCUAGUAUUUUGCCACAUCAAAAGGACAUAUUUAAGCUAAUAUAUGUUGUGACCAUUUUAUGGACAUUUUUGGGAUUCCAUUUUCACUGUUUUUUCCACCUUAAACAUCAGCAUUUUUUUAUACUGGAAGAUGUUUCACAUAGAUUUGUUUAGAAAUGCAAUAUUUCAAGUUAAUUGAUGUAUUCAGUUCUUCUUAAGAGACGGUAUAACUUUUCAUGUAUCUUUCUGUGUAAGUUUACUUGAAUAGUGCACUUCAGCAGAUACAGGGAUACCACCAAUAUCCUUGGUAAGAAAUAUAAAAACAUAACAAUUCCACCAAAUUCGGUGUUGUAUUUAGUAAAAAAAGUCUCUCAAAUUUGUACAUAGGGCAAUUUUUCAAAACAAAUUUGGGCUUUUAUAAAAUAAGAUUGUGUUCCCUGUGUUAAAAGUUAUCUUCUGUUCUCUUCUGUAAAAAUUGUGAGCAUUUUGGGGGCCAUUUUGGUCCUCUAGUUUGUCAAAAUGUGAUAGAACGUGUUGGUAUUUCUUUUAAUAAUUGAUUAAACAUGCAGUUUAUAAUGUUGUUAAUUGUACAUACAUUCUAGUGUUGUGAUAGAAUUUUGUUCCCCACCAGUGUGUUUUAUGUUCUGAUGUCUUCAUUUUUAUUUGUUUUGACUGUACAUAAGUUGUUAUAUAUUUACAGAAUCUAUAAAUGAGCAGUGCCAUGAGAAAAUCAACAUAGUGGGUUUGCGACCAGCAUGGAUCCAGACCAGCCUGGGCAUCCGUGCUGUCUGGUCAGGAUCCAUACUGUUCGCUAACAGUGUCUCCAAUUCCAAUAGGCUUUAAAAGUGAACAGCAUGGAUCCUGACCAGACUGCAUGGAUGCGCAGGCUCGUCUGGAUCCAUGCUGGUCGCAAACCCACUAUGUUGGUUUUCUCAUGGCAUGGCUCAAAUUAUUUAAGUCCCAUCUAGUGCAAUAGUAAAUGUUGUUGGUUCUUAUUUUUGUUGAAAUAGUAAAGUUUUAUAUGUUCUUGCCUAAUCCAUUUUGACAGCUUGGUGUUUUUGUUAUUAUUGUACAUGUAUAUAAUUGUGUGCCAAGAUGCUUUUAAAGAUGUGUUAUGCUCAUUUUUUGCUAAAAUAUUAUGUCAUUAGAUAUUGAUAUUAAUCUAGAAAAUCCUCAUUGAAAAUAUUUGGUUUAGCUAAAUGUAGACAUUAAUUGUGUAUGUAACGCUUCAUUCACAAUAAAGGUAGUGGAGCCACAAUCAAUACAUACUCAGUAUGCAA